AUCCCUUUUUAAUUCUUUAUAAUUAUAGUAAAGUAGAAUCUGAAAUUUCUGAAACUUCUGAUUUAUCUGAAUUUGAUUUAGAACAAUUAUAUCAAACUCCUGUACUUUCUCCUCCUAUUACUCCACCUUUAUUAUCUCCAAAUAAUAAUAAUAUGGCAUUACAAGCACAAGAUAUUAAUUAUUUAAUUAAUGCUAUCCAAGCACUAGAUAAUCAAACUAAACUUAUCGAAAUUAUACCUUUUGCUGGUGGUAAUCAAGAUCUAGUUACUUGGAUUGAGAAAUUUGAAUGUAUGGCUGUAGCUAACAACUUUACUGAUGCAAGAAGACUACAAAUUAUCCCUGUCUAUCUUAAAAAUGAAGCAGCAAUUUGGUAUACUAACGCUCAUCAACAACAAGCUUUUGGACACUGGGAUACACAAAAUCAAAAUGAUAACCAAUAUGCUAUGCAUCUACAUGAAUUAUAUCAUCAAUUAGAAACGAAUGCCAAUGUUUAUCCAGAAAUAGAAAAAGUCCGUAAAUUUACUACUGGUUUAAGAACAGAAUUACAAAUGGCAGUACGUCCAUUUGGUGAAAAUACUUGGGAUGGAGUAGUUAACAGAGCAAAAACUUGUGAACUUACUCGUUAUGGUGCUGCAAUGUAUAUUACUCCUAAUCUUAACAACAAUAUUGUUACUCCAACUCUUACAUCUACUAAUUCUGUUGAAAUUAUAAUGGAAGCUCUCAAUAAAUGUAUGGAAAACCUUGAAAAGAAAAUUGAAAAGAAAUUAGAAAACAACAACUUGAAUACAGAAGGUCCUGAUGCUUUCCAAGAUAAUACAAACCCUUCUAUGAUGUAUUUAAAAGAAGAAGAUAAAAAUAAUAUUAAUGAAGCCUAUGUAGGAAAAAGAAGAAAAGUGGUAGAAGAAAAUGAAACUCCAGAAGUUCAAAAUAUUGUAGUAAAUGAUCCUCAAGCAGAAAAUUCUAAAACUCCUAAAACUAAAAAGAAAAGAAAUCCUUUACAAGGUCCAAGAUUUCAUAAACCAACAAUUGAUAAAGAUGUAUCAAAAUAUUCAAUUGUUAAAGACUUGCAACAAAUCAAGGCAAAUAUUUCUAUUGCAUAA